AUGAGUUUUUUGAUCGACCGGCAUUUAAUUCAAAAGGCAGCAGAUACUCUGGCCUAUGCCGGACUUGCCCCUUGUGUUUCUGAAAAUUGCCGUUCUAGGACACCCUCUAUCAGAGGCAGCGGUAACUUCGCUAACCCUGCUUUUCACUUUCAUGUCCCAUUUGAAUUUGAGGAGGCUCCGGUCAAUAAAAUCAAUACUAGCUGGCCCUCGAUUCAGCUACAUAUUCAAGAUGAGCGCGUUUGGACACUUCCAUUGCAGUACGAUGCUCCAGAAUUUACAGAUUCUAAUAACAUCAUUUUUGCUGAUGAUGUGCGUCUACCCUUACCCAACUGGCACCCUGUUUAUUUCAACGAUACCUACAAGGGGAGAUGUCGUCAUGCUCCAGGCUCGCCUGUCCGAAUCUUAACCCCUGAGCGAUAUGCGGAGGCAUUACUUUUGCUGAAAAUCCGAGAUCAAGGCUCAUUCGCUGCUAAUUUGUGGCAGACACAGAUAAAUUAUCUUGCAGAAUAUGAUCUUGUAAACAUGGACAUGGUGAAUGGGCCCACCCGACCGUUUAUGACUUCUCUGCUCCGGAUUUCUCUCCGUGAAAACAUGGAGAAUGCCCGAGCUAAACUAGGAGAGAUAGUAAUGCAAGGACUCAUGCAUGCUGAAUGGGCAGAGAAGUAUGUUUGA